AUGCGCGACGUGAACGGCGAAGAGUGUCUCAUCGUCGUCAAGAACGGAAACGCCACCGAUGUUACCAUCGGUCGUGCGACCGGCAUCGAGUCCUUCGUCCGGGAAUACAACGACUGCGGCAAUUCGCUCGACGUCCAUGGAGAUAGCCAUCCAUCCGUACAGCCACAAGGACGCCGAAUCGUCGGUAUCCUCACCGGUAGUACCAAUGAUGAGGCGCCAAAUCAGCGCAUGGUCAUGACAGCCAGGUUUGGAGUUCGAUCCGGAACCAGCUCAAAAUGUAACACGCCUUUGUUGGAACGGAAAUUCACCGGUUUGACCAAUUCCUAA